AAACUUGCUUUUCCAGCUCAAAAUGGAUUGGUGCUCAGUAAGCCUGUAACCCAUGCAUGGGGCUCCAGCAAUAGCAUUUCGAAGUGUCCAGGUUCACUGCAAUCCAUAGCAAGGUAUCACUUUUCAAAUCUAUAUUGUGGCAAUGAUGCACUUUUCCACCACUGUUAAACUAGAGGUCUUCUGUCCAUUCAGCAGUGGACUGUCCCUUCCCUCCUCCAAUCUGCCACCUCCCUCUCUCCACUGCUUCUUCCCCCUUCACCACACACCCUCUCUUCUCUCAGCUGAAGCAAAUACUAACCUAAUCUGGCUCCUGUCACUACAAGGCUACUUCCCCUUACAUUAAGGUCAGCUUGUGGUAUGAACUAACCUCCCUCUCCCUCUCCCUCCCUCUCCCUCUCCCUCUCCCACUUUCUCUUUUCCCAUCUCUUUAAACAUACACUGAUCAGGCUCUGCCUGUCUUUCUUCUUCCACAGCAUACUUCCCUGAGUGCAUUUACUAUCUCAGAUGGGAUCUUAGUUGCUGUAGCCUAUGGAUGCUUCUGUCAGUGUUCUCCUUAAUGUGCCUGUGUUCAAUGAUACUCUAUAACAUUUCCUUGUAACUUUCUAGAGCUUUUUGGAGUUCACUGCCCUGGCCUUCUUCCCAUCUGACCAUUCUAUUCCAUAUCCUCCAGCCCUUAAAUGAUGAGGUUCCUCCUAUAGUUGUACAGAGUGAAUAUUUUACAUACUGUCUUAGUUAGAAUUUCUAUUGAUAUGACAAAACACCAUGAUCAAAAGUAACGAAGAUAGAAAAGGGCUUAUUUAGUUUACAUAAUCUGAAUAUCAGUCCAUGAGGGAAGCUAAGGCAGGAACUCAAACUGAGCAGGAACCUGGAAGCAGGAGCUGAUGCAGAGGCCAUAGAGGGAUGUUGCUUACUUGUUUACUUAGCCUGCUAUCUUACAGAACUCAAGACCUCCAAACCGAGGACAGCCCUCCCACAUCAAUCAGUAAUUAACAAGAUGUCCUACAGGUUUGCCUAAAGUCCAGUCUUAUGGAAGCAUUUUUCCCAGUUGAGGUCCCUUCCUCUCAGAUGACUCCAGAUUGUGUCAAGUGGACAUAAAAUGAGCCAGCAUAUGUACUCUCUAGGGACUGAGCUUAAUCCCUGUCAGCACUUUGCUUUCUAGCUUUAACCUGCCUUCUUCCUGCCUCUAGCCGUCUCUAGGUUACACUUCUAAAGCUUCCUAGCAUCUUCUUGGGUAUAAACUCAUUCUGUCCAAAAUAUCUGCACACACUGAAACUGUCUUCUUCCCACCCUGUCUCUUCUCAUCCAACAUUUCCCCAAUCUACUUGUGGUCCUAAACACCAAAGGCAGCAUAAUACAAGGAUUAAAAAAUAGUGUCCUACAAGCAGACUACCUGAGUUUGAACCUCAGCUUUCCUAUUGUUAGCUAUAGCUGCUAUCAUGGGCUAUAUUUUCAUCUAUCUGGAUCUCUGUUUCCUCGACUAUAAAAUGGAGAUAAUAACAGUACCAACACCACAGUGAUCUUGUCUAGAUCAAUUAAAAAACUUUUGAAAAGCACCGCAUUCUUCAGAUGCAGCUAUAUGAUAGACAAUAUAAUUCUACUUAUGAAUGGGGCCUUGCAAAAGAAAUCUGUGAAAGAAGUUCUAGCCAAGUGUCACCCACUGGGCCGUUUCACAGAGAUGGAAGCUGUCAACAUUGCAGAGACCCCCUCAGAUCUCUUCAAGGCUGUGCUGGUUGAAACACCAUUAGCUCCAUUCUUUCAAGAUUGUAUGUCUGAAAACACUCUUGAUGAACUGAAUAUUGAAUUACUGCGCAAUAAACUAUACAAGUCUUACCUUGAGGCAUUCUACAAAUUCUGCAAGGAUCACGGUGAUGUCACAGCAGACGUUAUGUGUCCCAUUCUUGAGUUUGAGGCCGACAGACGCGCUUUAAUCAUCACUCUGAACUCAUUUGGCACUGAACUAAGCAAAGAAGACAGGGAGACCCUCUUCCCCACCUGCGGCAGGCUCUAUCCAGAGGGGUUGCGGUUGUUAGCUCAAGCUGAAGACUUUGAGCAGAUGAAGAGAGUGGCAGAUAAUUAUGGAGUUUACAAGCCUUUGUUUGACGCUGUCGGUGGCAGUGGGGGGAAGACACUGGAAGACGUUUUCUAUGAGAGAGAGGUACAGAUGAAUGUGCUGGCAUUCAACAGGCAAUUCCAUUAUGGUGUGUUUUAUGCGUAUGUAAAGUUGAAGGAGCAAGAGAUGAGAAAUAUCGUGUGGAUAGCAGAAUGCAUCUCACAGAGGCAUCGAACUAAAAUCAACAGCUACAUUCCAAUUUUAUAAGCCAGUGUACAGAAGAUCAUACAUGUUGCCAUGAAGUUAUUGAGGAAAGGAAGGGGGAUUGUGUCACAUUAUCUAGAUUAUAUAAAAGUAAGUCAUACCACCUUUCCAUAAACUACAUGUCCACUGGAAGCCCAGUAAACAGAACUUGAAACAAAAUAUGCCUUUCUUGUUUCCAACAAGCCCCAGUCGUUUUUUCACAUUUAUGACUUCCUGCUCACUGGCCUCAUACGUUCAUUUUCAUUGACCCUGUGGCACUUUUUGUAUUCUCAUUUGGUCAGACUAAAAUCAUACGUAAUCAGGUUCUUCACGAGUUCUUUUCCGUUCUUCUCCCCAAGCUCAAACACUGCUUUGCCUUUUACGUGUUUGGUCCUUCCAUGCAUUCACGAAAAUGCAAAGCUGUGGGUAGCUAACAUACACCAUGCUUGGUGAAGACACGUUCCCUUCCUUUCCCCCAAGACUUUUGAGAAAGAUAGAUUCCCCAAAUGCAAGCAUUGUUAAAUUUAUUACUAAAUUAGAUUAUCAACGCACACAUAGAGACAGAGAGAGAGAGAGAGAGACAGACAGACAGACAGACAGAAGGAUGAAUAACUUAUAUCGAUAUGUAUACCAGUGGUUCUGUCAUACUUUAUUCCAGAAAAUCCAACUAAUUGUACUUUAUUCCUUCAGAAGAUGUAGAUACAGCAUGGUUGCUACAUAAAGUUGAAACAAUGCAGAGGUUGCUCAGAAAAAGAAAAAUAGCAAAAUGUGUCUCCAAUCUUUUCUUUAAAUAGGAAAUUUUUCUUAAAUAUAGUCUAUGCUUGCUCUGCUUCACAAAUUAAAUCUGUGCAGUCAACAUGAUGACUCAGCAGGUAAGAGCUUGAAGUCAACUCCAUGAGUUCGAUUCCUGGAAUCUCACAUAUGGAAGGAGGGAACUGCAAAACUACAAGAUCAUCUUUAAUCCUUUAAUCUUUACUUAUGCACCCCACCACUACACACACUUACAAAAGAAUUUUAAAGAAGGGCACAGAAAUAAUGUGAACUAAUUUUACUAUACACUCUCUAUAUACACAUGCUAUGUAGAAUAGUAUGCAUAAACUAAGGAGCACAACAUUUUUAUGUAGAAUAAUCAUUUAUAAAUAUAACAAAAAUAAUGUUUUGUUGAACUAAGAAGAAAGCCAAGUGCCUACUCCUUGACUGCAGAUGCAAUUUACCCAGCUGCCUCCUGCCCAGACCAACACACCUUCUCAACCACCUUAGACUGUCCUCUCAAACCCUGACCCAAAAGAAACCCUUCCCUUUCUAAACUGUUGUUUCAGGUAUUUUGUGGCAGCAACACAACAAAGUAACUAAUACAGAAAACUGAUACUGCCAUUGCUACAAUAAACUUGAUUUUGGGAUUGCC